AUGUUUGGUUCUAGGGUGGAGGAGGUCAACUCGGACGAUGACGAGAGUGAUGGCCAUGGAGUGGGUUUGUCUGCGCGCCGCCAAACCCGCUUCGUCAGCGAUUCUUUGCAAUUCACGGGCACCGACCUGGGCGACCGCUCCGCCGGCGUCGUCCGCCGCGGGCCUCGCUAUCAGGAUUCGGACGACGACUCGGAGCAGACGUCCGACAACAGUGAAAGCGAAGAUGAAGAUGAGACCGAGGGCAGUUACAGCGGAAGUUCCCAGCAGUCCCUCAGCGCCAAGGAAGAGGCGCUCGUUCAGUCGGCCCUCAAGCGCAUCAACCGUGCCCAGGCUCAGGGCCGUACCGAUGUCAAGCUCAACAAGGAGGAACUCGCUGCGCUCGAGCGUCGACGCAAGCGCAUGCAGGAGGAGGCAGAACGGGCCGAAAGGGAGCGUGCCGCGCGCGCGUCCGGAUCCAGUGGAAGCGAUCGAAAAAAGAAACGCAAGGAGCAGCGCGUUGCUGUGCCUCUGUCUCAGUUCGAGCCAGUCUCGAGAAAGAAGCGCAGCGGUAGCAACCACCCGCCACGCAAGGACUCGUUGCCAGCGCGCUCUUCCGUGGGCGACUCUUCGGACCAUCAGGUGUAUCCGCCCAUGGGAUACUUUCCGCCGCCCUCGGGGUCGCGGUCACGUAGCUCAUCUCACCUGCAACGUCCCGGCAGCAGUCGUGCUCGCGACACCAACGGCAACUCGCCUCCGGUUUCUUUUCAACAGCACGCUUCCUCGUCCAGUCACAGACAUGCUUCCGACUCUGUGACGCGCCCUCGCUCCCGCGGCAUGCCCCACGAAGAGGCCUGGAAUGCGAACACGUCGCUUGACCCGUUUCAAUACCAAACCGAUGGACCGCGGGCUGCCUACCCGUCUUCCUCCAAAGGCAGCCGCUCUGAAGUGGCCUACAAGCAAUCGUCGCGCGGCCACGGCACCUCGUCACCCGUGACGAGGAGCCGCCACGGGUCGGCACGCCCCAGCCUGAGCAGGGUGCCUGACAGCGAGACGAGCGAGGAGGACACGGCUAGCGAUGAGCUCGGCAACGGAGCGCAAAUUAGGGAGCAGCAGCAUUCAUCUGUGCGGGGGAGGAGAAGCAGAGAGAUCGUCGUUGAGGUAGAACCAGAACCAGCAUUACCACCACCACCACCAGCAAAGAAGAAGUCAUCUUCACCCACAAAGAGAAAACCCGCGCCGAACGGAAAGAAGAAGAAGAGGUAG